AUGGAGUUCUUUGACUUCUGUAAUCAGGUGGUUCAUGGCCGUAUUUUCCAUCUUGAAUCUAAAGUGAGCUUCCAUUGUUCCAUGGUGUAUGCUGCUAAUAGUAUCUCGGAAAGAAGAGAGCUAUGGGAUGCAAUUAGAUUGCACAACAGGAUGGACCUAAAUUUGAAGGUUAGGGAUGUGGUUAUUGAUGGUUUGUGGGCUUGGCCUAUGGAGAUAUGGAGCAAAUAUGGAGAAAUUUUGAAAUUAUAUUUGCCUCCUUUAAUUGAUGGCAUCAAGGAUAAAGUCAAGUGGAAAAACAAGGAUGGGGUUUCAUUUGAUUUUAGUGUUGCUGCUGUUUGGAGGGAUAUUCGUGAUGAGGAGAAUAUGGUGAAAUGGGCCAAUAUGAUCUGGUUCUCACAGGGUUCCAGGCAUGCUUUUAUCUUAUGGCUUGCCAUUAGGAACAGAUUGAGAACAAAAGAUAGGCUUGGGCAAUGGUCUUUAAACAUGGAUACUCAAUGUGUUAUAUGGAGCUCUCUGGAAUCUAUUGGGGGUAUUGGUGACCUUAAAAGCAUCAUUGAGAGUGAAGAUAUGAAUUGGGAUAACCUUGUGAUGACUGUGAGCAACAAGAUUACAAACAAUUCAAUCUGGAGUAUUUUUCAGAGACUUGUUCUGGCAGCUGUGAUAUAUUUCGUUUGGAAGGAACGUAAUAUUAGAAUUCAUCAUGGGAAAGAAAGGUCUGUUGUUGUGUUAGCAAAACAAAUCUUUAUGAUUGUUAAACUCAGACUAAUGGGCUUGAAGAUCCAAAACAACUCUCAAAUUAGGAGAGCUGCUGUUUUGCGGGGCCUAAAGAUGUGUGAAGAUGAGUUUGUUGAUGCUUACCAUUAUGAUUGA